UGUCGUCUAUUGCGCGUUACCGUUUCUUUCAUUUCUCAAAACGUCCAAAACCCUUGCCAUGCAGAUUACAGGAGAGUGGAGACUCUACUAUACACAAAUUUAUAUCUGAAAUCAGAAACUAUGAAUCUGUAAUGGCGAUGAUUCACCAUCGAAGGCGUUUGUGUUGGGCAACCUCAAACACUGUUUCUGCUUCUUUCUCAAACCCUUCUUCUACUUCUUCAGCUCUGCAACUCCGCUCUUUCAUGGCUAAGCUGCAGUGCAAUGCAAUAUAUAGAUACAGGGGUACUUGUUUACCAUGUUCAUCUUCAGGGACGAGUGAAAGAUGUAGAAAAUCUUCUCUGAUUAGGUUUAAAAGUGUCAGAUUGUCUAGCAUAAUCUCGACCAAUCAUGCCAAAAUCGGUCAAAACUUUCAUAUUACCAGAAGCUGUGGAGAUGGAUCUCAUUGUGCUCUUGCCUUAAACUCUCAGUUAAGACUUGGCUUCCUAAGCUCUUUUGGACUAGUCAAUAAUUUUAGUAAUGGAUCCUUUUAUAAAUUUAGUGAUUGUACUUUUACCAAGAGGUUUUUUUCUCAAUUGAAAACCAUGAGAAGUAAACUUGACAAUGUGGGUAAACAAGAUGGAAAAAGUGGUGGAAGUACUAAAUGCAAAAACAGUGCAACCAGCUCUAGUACCUCCAAAUUUUUUGACUUAGAAUCUUCAAGUGAAGUGUUAGUUGGUGGCAAAAAGGAUAAUAUAAGCCCGGGAUUGUUUGUUUCAAGUUCGCCCAUUAGCAAUAGUAGUGAGGUCUCUAAAGUUAGUGGAAAGAAGAAGUCGAGAACCAAGAAAAGUACAGAUCAAACUGGGGAUAUGCUGCUUAAAGAUGAUACAACAGAAGGAGCCAAAGAUGCUUCUCGAGCAAUAAAAUCAAGUAAGAGAAAGACUGGCCAUGAUCAGGCUUCAAAGUUGAAUGCAAGUAAGAAAAGACCUGAGGAAGUGGUCACGAGUAGUUCAACAAAACUCUCGUCUGAUAAGAACAGAGGGAACUGUAUUAGAAAGGAAAAACUGGUGAAACAAAAAGCACAACAUGUGGGGCAAAUAAAACUUCAGGGACAGGUGAGCCUGAAGCAGUUGUACCCCUCAACAGGAAAAUCUGUUGUAGUGGUAGAGUCUGUUACAAAGGCAAAGGUCAUUCAGGGAUAUUUAGGUGAUAUGUUUGAAGUGAUUCCCAGUUAUGGUCAUGUACGGGACUUGGCUGCUCGGUCAGGAUCUGUUCGGCCUGAUGAUGAAUUUAGUAUGGUGUGGGAAGUGCCUUCUGCUGCCUGGACUCAUAUUACAAGCAUAAAGGUUGCACUACGUGGAGCAGAAAAUCUUAUUCUUGCAUCAGAUCCUGACCGAGAAGGAGAGGCUAUUGCUUGGCACAUAUUUGAGAUGUUGCAACAACAAGGUGCCUUACAUGAAAAUAUAACAGUGUCAAGAGUUGUUUUCCAUGAAAUAACUGAGCCAUCCGUGAAAAAAGCACUGCUGUCUCCAAGAGAAAUUGAUGCAAACUUGGUUCAUGCCUACCUUGCACGAAGAGCUCUUGAUUAUCUGAUUGGUUUUAAUAUUUCACCAUUAUUAUGGCGAAAAUUACCAGGUUGUCAGUCUGCUGGGCGUGUCCAAUCUGCGGCUUUGGGUCUCAUAUGUGACAGAGAGAUGGAGAUAGAUCAGUUUAAACCGCAGGAGUAUUGGACUAUCAAGAUUGAAUUGAAUUCUGUGGACAAUGCUGUUUCCUUUUCAGCACACUUGACUAAUUAUGAGUCCAAAAAGUUGAAUCCGCUUUCUAUAAGUUCUCACACAGAGGCAAAAGAGAUUGAAAGAAAGAUCAAUUCAGCUAAUCUCAAGGUGAUCAGGCAUAAAGUAAAUCAAAUACGAAAAAGCCCUCCAAUGCCAUACAUAACAUCAUCGCUUCAGCAAGAUGCUGCUAAUAAGUUAAAUUUUUCAUCAGCACAUACCAUGAAGCUUGCACAGAAACUUUAUGAGGGGGUUCAGUUGUCUGAUGGCAAAGCAGAAGGUCUGAUAACAUAUACCAGGACAGAUGGACUAAAUAUUUCCGAUGAAGCUGUCAAGGACAUACGCUCUUUGGUAACUGAAAGGUAUGGGCCAGGUUUUGCAUCAGUAGGUGCUCAGAAAUAUUUUAAGAAGGUGAAGAAUGCUCAAGAGGCUCAUGAAGCCAUUAGACCCACUGAUAUUUCAAGACUGCCAUCAACACUUCGAGGAACACUUGACGAAGAUUCCUUGAAGUUGUAUACUCUUAUCUGGUGCCGCACAAUGGCAUGUCAAAUGGAACCUGCUACCAUUAAGCAGAUACAACUUGAUAUUGGAAAUGCUGAUGAGUUCAUUAUUUUCCGAUCUGCAAGCUCAAAGAUUGAGUUCCUUGGAUAUCAAGCAGCUUUCAAGGACAUGGAAGCUGCAGAAGUCAAAUGUAAAGAAAAUGAAGGAAUUGAUCGCAAUGAAAUAUAUGCAACUCUUGAUUCAUUGAAGUCUGGAGAUCCAUUAUAUAUACUUGAAGUGGAGCUCAAGCAACAUCAUACCCAGCCUCCUUUGCGCUACUCCGAGGGGUCACUGAUUAAGAAAAUGGAGGAGCUUGGGAUAGGAAGGCCUUCAACCUAUGCAUCUACAUUGAAAGUUUUACAGGAUAGGAACUAUGUGACAGUGAAAAGUCGUGUUCUACAUCCAGAAUUUCGUGGUCGCAUGGUUUCAGCAUUUCUUUGUCACCAUUUUUCAGAGGUUACCGACUACAGUUUUACUGCUGAUAUGGAGACUGAGCUUGAUAAUGUUUCUGCUGGUUCAACUGAUUGGAAAGGUCUCUUGGGAGACUAUUGGACACGAUUCAACUCUUAUUGUGUAAGCACAGCCAAUGUUCAUAUCCAUCAGGUAGAGAAGAUGUUGGAGAAAAAAUUUGGGGAUUUCUUGUUUGCUUCUUUACCUGAUAAUAGCAGGACAUGUCCAAGCUGUGUUGAGGGCACAUUGGUUUUCAAAGUGAGUCGGUUUGGUACAGGCUACUUUAUUGGCUGUGAUCAACACCCAAAAUGCAAGUACAUCGCUCAAACAUUAUUCGGUCAAGACGAUGAUGAAGAGGAAAAACGUCAAAGCAACCUUAUUAUAGAGGAGCCAAAGUUGCUAGGGCUUAAUCCAACUUCUAAAGAAAAGAUUUUUUUGAAGAGCGGUCCUUAUGGAUUUUAUGUACAACUUGGUGAAGAUAGGAAGGGCUUCUCACCUAAAAGAGCUUGCCUUUCCCAUAUAAAGGACAUUCAAUCUGUCACACUUGAAUAUGCCAUUGAGUUGCUUCGCUAUCCAGUGACACUGGGUUCCCAUCCAGACGAUGGACAGCCGGUGAUCUUAAAAUUGCCAAAGAACGGACCUGUUGUUCAUCAUAAAAGCAGUUUUGUUACAGUUCCUAAGAAUGUGAAAUUAAAUGAAGUCGACCUAGAGAAAGCAUUGAAGUAUUUAAAAGGUAAAGAUGUAAGACAUCUUGGUCGACCUGCUAAGACCAAACCGAAGGUUGAAGCACCUGUUGAGGCAUUAUAGUCAUUGUGGCGAGUUGCAUAGGGAGGGAAGCACAAGCUUUUCUAAUACAUGUGACAAACUAUUUUCACAAAUUCAGUGGUGCGACUGAGCUUCCAAGGCAGCUCUUUUUGUUAGUGGUGAGUUUGCUAUACAAGGGAACUAAAUCACUUUAGAUGUUUGAGAUUUGUUUUCACAGCUAGAAGAGGUAUAAGACAAAACAAUUCUCUUAUGUUUAUAUUUUUAUUUAAGAUAUUUACAGCAUAAAUACCUUAAAUUUUCGAGUUUAUACACUUGUAUACCCAAAAAAAUUUUGCCAAUGAAAACACCCAACGUUACAAAUUCAUGAGACCUGUUGUUGUUUAUUUAAUUUUUGCUUUACAAAUUCAUGAGCCCUUUUGUCUA